AUGCAGAACCUCUCAGAGGAUUUACUCAAAGCAGUAAGAAAAGCAGCUGAGACUGCUGAACCAGAAUUGAAGCUCUGUACACAUACAAGAAUUCUAAAUGAGAUUGAGGCCUUGUGUAUGCAGUGGCAGGCUGAGACAGAAGUCAAACAACAAUUGACAUUCACUGUGAAUCAAGUAUCCACUAUGAAGAGCUUCGCUGACACAAUUGUCAUCAUCAAUAAGAAUAGAGAAAACCAGAUCUUAGAUCUGCAGCAGAAGAUUGAAUGUUUAUACAGACAGAUGACUACACUGAACCUGGAGAUCUCAUCACAAUCAUUCAUAACCUCUUCAAAAGCAUACAUAUUAUCAGAGAUCACUGUACAGGAUGAGAAUUCAAGCAUGAAAUAUAUCAAGUCAGAAGAUCUGUCAGAGUCAUCAAGCUUCAAUAGUGACUGA